AUGGCAGAAAAUGACCCUGAUGAGAGGUUGGUUUACCUCGCAUGCCAGCAUAUCUUUCGUGGCUCGAACUCCCAGGUGCGAAAAUUGAAGACAGUCAAAGGAUUGAUAGAACAGAACAAAAUCGCAUUGGCAGAUAUUCUGCGGGAGUACAACGUCGAUCGAACCAGCAACGUUGCCAAGAAACUCUUAGAGAAUCGGGUGUUUGACUCUACACUGAAAGCCAAAAUUCGCUUCCCAGAGUUGUUCGAUGUUUCGCCUACUCAAAGCGCCGAAAGGGAAGCUUCGGAGGCGGAAGCAGCGAGAGACGAGGCAAAUACAGUUCAAAAAAUCUCCCAGAUAGAGACGACAGGAAAAGAUGCAAUUGUCCCUCGGGCUACUCAUCAACGGGAGACAGACGUGGAGACUGAAGUUCCAUCGCUCUACCCAGUGUACAUACACUACCGUGGUCAACAUAUUGUCCUGACAGCCAUUCAAAGACUUUUGGAGGAAGGUUGCUUCGAGUUCGCUCAGCAGGACUUUCCCCAUAUCUUGAAAGAACACGGCUGGGACUGUACAGAAGCUGUAGAGCUUACCGAAUGGACCAAGUUAUUUUGUCGGCAUUCCACACGGCUGAAGGAAAAUUUGACGAGGCCAUUAGAUGAGGUUAUCAGCCUCCUUCGAGAGCUGAGGCACUCGGCCGUCCACAGACUUCGAAAGACUGCAGCUGGAAUUGAGCGACUUGCCGAAAAUGCUCAGAUAUUUCUUGAAGCUCUGAAUGAUUCACUCCGAUCUGAAAAAGUCAUGCUACUCCGAAGAGAAAUCCGAUCAACAAUUGAAGAGCUCAAACGCAGCAAAGAUCUCCUAGAAGGUAGGUUGCUCGUGCAACUCAAAGAAAUACGCAUCAAAAGAGCUGAGCUGGAUAAAUGGGAGAAAGAAGCAAAAGAGACUAUGACGAGCGUCUUUCCCCCGCCGGGAACUCCCAUCAAGACAAGGGGUCUCAGAGAAGUGUGCGAGGUCGACGGCCGCACAUUCUUCAGGAAGCGGGGUGCGCAAGAUUGGACCGAGGACACUUCGAACCCCGAGGAGUUGAAGCCACCGGCCGAAAAUCCCCAUCUCUAUCUCUAUCUCGUCCAAGAAGAACAAGCCCCCGGAGAGCCCAACCAUUGGGCACUCUUCCUUGCCGAUGAAAACGAGCCGGACUACGGAUAUGUUUACCAAGUCACGGGUGAUGCACAGGAUAUGAAGUACGACCCGUCGACUGAUAAGAUCAAUGUCGUUGACGCUGGCCUCACUGCCAACGUCUACACCCUUGCUGUUGUGUCGGAAGACCAGGCCAGAGUAGCGAAGCUGGUAAAACAGGCUGCGGAGGAGGAGCUUCCUCCCCAAGCGGAGAAUCGGAAGUCUGUUACGGAGAAUUGCCAGGGGUGGACUGUGCGUGUGAUCGCUAGACUGGUUAAAGAGAAGAUUGUUAUGCCUCAAAAGCUUGAAGUGGCGAGGUCCUUGAUGCAGCCUGUGUGA